AUGGAAGAUAUAAGAAAUUUGUUAGUUGAAUCGGCAGGGUUUCAAUCGUCUGUUUGUAUCUGUGAUUAUAUAAAAGAUAAAACUAAGAAAAUAAUAGUUUUAGUAGGUGGAGGCAGCAACGGAGCAGACGGUUUAGUGAUUGCAAGAUAUUUAUCUAACAAUGGUUAUUUAGUAAUGAUGUACUGUCCGCAGUUGAAUCGAUCCGAAAUUCAGAUGACGCUUCAUCACCAAGCCAUAUCAGUCGGCGUAAUCGAGGUGAAGUCAGUUGAAGAGGUCAUUGACGACUGCGAUGCAGUGAUUGAUUGUAUAGUUGGUUUUAACAUGAUUGGAAACCAAUUAAAAGAGCCAUGGCACUCUAUAAUAAAUAUGAUUAGAAUUAAAAAGCUAACCCUGAUCAGCAUUGAUAUACCUUCCGGAUACGAAGUUAAUGUUGAGCACGAAGCUAGCGUUAUCAAUGCCAGUUGUGACGUGAUAAUAUCUUUGAUCGCUCCGAAGAUUUGCACAAAAAACUUUACUAAAACUCAUUAUUUAACUGGACGCUUUGUUCCAAACUUCAUGUUAAACUAUAAUGGUUGGGAUAUAUCAGACUGGCCUGAAAACCAAGUAUUCAAAGUGUUAUAA